AUGAGUAUUACUACUGAUAAUGCCUCUAAUAUGAAUUCUAUGUUUACUAAUUUAGAAGAAAAAUAUUUUAAUGAAGAUUUAGAAUUUAGUUCUGCAAAUCAACAUGUAUAUUGUCUUGCUCAUAUAAUUAAUUUAGCUGUUCAAGAAAUUCUUAAAUCAUUAUAUAAUUAUAACUUUGAAGAAAAUGAUGAAGUUGAUGAAUAUAGUGAUGAUAAUGAAGAAAUUACUACUUUGGGAGCUCUUGGAAAAGCAUUAGAUGAUUUAGUAAUAAUAGAUAAAAGUCUUACAAAAUAUUCUUUAACAAAUAAUGAAUGGAAAAAACUUGAACAAAUAAAAAAAUUAUUAAAGUUGGAAUAUUUUAAAGACCAUGAUUUUAAAGAUGAAACUAUUGAAAUAUAUCAACAACAAAUUGUUAAUUUAUGGAAAACUAAAUAUAUGCCAACUUUAAAUCAAAAUAAUAAUCAAAUAACUAAUAAACCUAGUGGACUUAUGGCUUAUAUAGUUAAAAAAAGAAAAUAUACUGAGCUUGAUGAACUUGUAAAAUAUUUACAAGAACCUCUAGUUAAUUGUAAUAUAGAUAUAUUAACAUUUUGGAAGCUUCAUGAAAAAGACUAUCCAAAUUUAUCAAAAAUGGCUAGAGAUUUUUUAGCAAUUCCAGGAACAAGUGUUCCUGUUGAGCGUAUAUUUUCCAAUAGUGCAGAUUUAAUUUCUUCUAAAAGAUAUAGUUUAAAUCCAGAAACAAUUAAAAUUU